AUGGUGAAGUUCACAGCUGAGGAGCUCCGUAGGAUUAUGGACUACAAACACAACAUUCGUAACAUGUCUGUUAUUGCGCAUGUUGAUCACGGGAAGUCAACCCUUACCGACUCCCUCGUUGCUGCUGCUGGUAUCAUUGCACAAGAAGUUGCUGGUGAUGUCCGGAUGACAGAUACCCGUGCAGAUGAGGCAGAGCGUGGUAUCACAAUCAAAUCUACUGGUAUCUCUCUCUACUAUGAGAUGACUGAUGAAGCUUUGAAGAGCUACAAGGGGGAGAGAAAUGGAAAUGAGUACCUCAUCAAUCUCAUUGAUUCCCCUGGGCACGUUGACUUUUCAUCUGAAGUCACAGCUGCUCUUCGUAUUACUGAUGGUGCACUUGUGGUGGUUGAUUGCAUUGAGGGUGUUUGUGUCCAAACAGAGACUGUGCUUCGUCAAGCCUUGGGAGAAAGGAUCAGGCCUGUUUUGACUGUUAACAAGAUGGACAGGUGCUUCCUUGAGCUCCAGGUCGAUGGAGAGGAAGCUUACCAAACAUUCCAGAGGGUUAUUGAGAAUGCUAAUGUCAUUAUGGCUACAUACGAAGACCCCCUUCUUGGUGAUGUCCAGGUCUAUCCAGAGAAAGGAACAGUCGCCUUUUCAGCUGGUUUGCAUGGAUGGGCUUUUACUCUGACCAACUUUGCCAAGAUGUAUGCGUCCAAGUUUGGAGUUGAUGAAUCAAAGAUGAUGGAAAGGCUCUGGGGUGAGAACUACUUUGACCCAGCUACCAAGAAAUGGACCAGCAAGAACACUGGUUCUGCUACCUGCAAGCGUGGUUUCGUUCAGUUCUGUUAUGAACCCAUCAAGCAGAUUAUCAACAUCUGCAUGAAUGAUCAGAAGGACAAGUUGUGGCCCAUGUUGACAAAGCUUGGUGUCACAAUGAAGAGUGAUGAAAAGGAGCUGAUGGGGAAGGCGUUGAUGAAGCGUGUCAUGCAGACCUGGCUACCAGCCAGCAGUGCCCUAUUGGAAAUGAUGAUCUUUCACCUUCCCUCUCCUUCAACUGCCCAGAGAUACCGUGUUGAGAACUUGUACGAGGGUCCCCUUGAUGAUCAAUAUGCAAAUGCUAUCAGGAACUGUGAUCCCGAAGGGCCUCUUAUGCUCUAUGUAUCUAAGAUGAUUCCCGCAUCUGACAAGGGUCGAUUCUUUGCGUUUGGUCGUGUCUUUGCUGGUAAAGUCCAGACAGGUUUGAAGGUUAGAAUCAUGGGUCCAAAUUUUGUUCCUGGAGAGAAGAAGGAUUUGUAUGUUAAGAACGUGCAGAGGACUGUUAUUUGGAUGGGAAAGAAACAAGAAACUGUUGAGGAUGUUCCUUGUGGUAACACUGUUGCCUUGGUGGGUCUUGAUCAGUUUAUCACCAAGAAUGCUACAUUGACAAACGAGAAGGAAGUGGAUGCUCACCCCAUUCGUGCUAUGAAGUUCUCUGUUUCACCUGUUGUGCGUGUUGCUGUUCAAUGCAAGGUGGCUUCUGACCUUCCCAAACUGGUUGAAGGUCUCAAACGUCUGGCCAAGUCUGAUCCUAUGGUUGUCUGUUCCAUUGAGGAAUCCGGUGAGCACAUUAUUGCUGGUGCUGGUGAACUCCAUCUUGAGAUUUGUUUGAAGGAUCUACAAGAUGAUUUCAUGGGUGGAGCUGAGAUUAUAAAAUCUGACCCUGUUGUGUCUUUCCGUGAGACUGUCCUGGAGAAGUCUAGUCGUACUGUGAUGAGCAAGUCACCCAACAAGCAUAACCGUCUGUAUAUGGAAGCUCGACCCUUGGAGGAAGGUCUUCCUGAGGCCAUUGAUGAUGGCCGUAUUGGCCCAAGAGAUGAUCCCAAAAUUCGUUCCAAGAUCUUGGCUGAAGAGUUUGGUUGGGACAAGGAUCUCGCUAAGAAAAUCUGGUGUUUUGGCCCAGAGACCACCGGUCCUAACAUGGUGGUGGAUAUGUGUAAGGGAGUUCAGUACCUGAAUGAAAUUAAGGACUCUGUUGUUGCUGGUUUCCAGUGGGCUUCAAAGGAAGGUGCAUUGGCAGAAGAAAACAUGAGGGGUAUUUGCUUUGAAGUCUGUGAUGUGGUUCUUCAUGCUGAUGCCAUCCACAGAGGAGGUGGUCAGGUCAUUCCUACUGCUAGGAGGGUCAUCUAUGCUUCCCAGCUCACUGCCAAGCCAAGGCUCCUUGAACCUGUAUAUCUUGUUGAAAUCCAAGCUCCAGAGCAGGCUCUUGGUGGUAUCUACAGUGUUCUUAAUCAGAAACGUGGGCAUGUGUUUGAGGAAAUUCAGAGGCCUGGUACCCCACUUUACAACAUCAAGGCCUACCUCCCUGUCAUUGAGUCUUUCGGGUUCUCCGGUCAGUUGAGGGCUGCGACUUCAGGCCAGGCUUUCCCACAAUGUGUGUUUGAUCAUUGGGAGAUGAUGUCGUCUGAUCCAUUGGAAGUUGGAUCCCAGGCUGCGCAGCUUGUUACAGAUAUCCGCAAGAGGAAGGGCUUGAAGGAGCAAAUGACCCCGCUAUCCGAGUUUGAGGAUAAGCUUUAA